AUGUCGCUAUUUGGAACAUCUCCGGAGGCGGAGGAGCCCUCCGCCGUGUCCUCUACACAGAAGUCUAAAGCUUCCCUGUUUGCCGACGAGCCCGCCGGUGGUUCCUCGUCCCUCUUCGCCGAUGACACCGGUGAUGACAGCUCCUCCUGGAACCCCCAGAACAACACUGCGAAACGAACAGCUCGCCGCGAUCUCGUCCGAACGCUACUUCCUGCUACCGGUGUACCAGAGAGCUAUGUGGACGCCUACGACUUGAUCCUGAAUAGUGGCGAUAGGGUCGGCUCGGGCGUCGGCCUGUCCUCGAUUCGGGAGAUCCUGUCCAGCAGUAACCUCACCGCGUCUGAUCAGGGCAAGAUCCUCAAUCUGGUUGUCUCCGGUGAUAAUGAGACCUCGGGUGGCCUUGGACGUCCCGAGUUCAAUGUACUACUGGCGUUGAUAGGCCUCGCGCAAGAGGGCGAAGACUUGUCCUUCGACGCAGUCGAUGACCACCGCAAGAAGCUACCUCAACCUCACAGCGGUUUCCUUGAUCGAUUGCGAUCCCCGACUCAUGAUGCCUCCGAUGGCCCCGCGGACGAGCGACCAACCACUCCCCCCUCCCAGCCUUCACCUGUACAAGAGCCCAACUCCGCGCGAUCUCGACAGUCAAGACGGGAGUCACUCGUUGGCUUGGAAUCGGAUCCCUGGGCAAGCCCGGAACUUCAUCGGAAUCACGCUCACGCCGCAGCGACCUCCACAGUGACCUCCGAGCAGCGUAUAAUUAAUGGAUAUGGUAGCAUGCGCUCUACAACAAAUGCAUGGACCAGCAAGCCGGUGGAGGAGCCUGCCCAAUUGGGCUUGUCGCAAGAGCCGACGAGUGUUCCGCCCGAACCGGUAGAGCCGAGUAGCUCUGGCUCCGGCUGGGGUGGUAACUUUGGUGGACCAGGACCAUCUGGUGACGAUGCUCCUUUUGCGAGCGCAUCGCGUCCUGCACUGGGUGGAUUUGGUCCCCCAGGCGAUGAUCCCAUUGAGCCUGCACCGCGGCGACGAUCUCUCGGAAUUGCACGGAUUACAAACCCUAAUGUCGAAGAGACUGUCACCAUCACUCUCCUCCCAGAGAAGGAGGGCAUGUUCAUGUUCCAGCACCGAAACUAUGAGGUCAAAUCGGCUCGACGAGGAAGCACAGUCGUGCGUCGAUACAGUGACUUCGUCUGGCUACUCGAUUGCCUGCAAAAACGAUUUCCGUUUCGUCAAUUGCCUCUUCUCCCUCCCAAGCGCGUUUCAGUUAAUGGCACUCACUUUUCAGCGGAUUCGAGCUCUUUCCUUGACAAGCGUCGCCGUGGACUCAUCAGGUUUACUAAUUCCCUCGUUCGCCAUCCCAUCCUCGGCCAGGAGCAACUGGUCGUCAUGUUCUUGACAGUUCCCACCGAGCUUUCUGUUUGGCGAAAGCAAGCCACCAUCUCUGUUCAAGAUGAAUUCGUCGGUCGGGCACUGCCUCCAGAUCUCGAGGAUUCCCUACCGCCUACUCUCGACGAAACCUUUGAUACUGUUCGGAGCGGCGUCAAGCGAUCGGCCGAAGUCUAUAUCAACCUGUGUACCCUCCUUGAACGAUUGGCCAAGCGCAACGAUGGAUUAGCUGCUGAUCAUCUGCGGUUCUCAUUGGCCCUACAGUCUUUGACUGAGGUCACCAAGGAUACCUACUCAGUGGAGACUAAUGAUAUACCUUCCCUGAACUUGGGAAUCACGGCGACGGCUCGCCAUCUCUCGGUGAGCCAGAGUUUGCUGGAAGAUGAAGCACGUGCCUGGUCUGCAGGCGUUCUCGAAGAUCUCAAAAGACAGCGGGACUGUCUUGUCAGCGUUCGUGAGAUGUUUGACCGACGUGAUCGGUAUGCGCGGAACAAUAUUCCUCAACUGGAGCGACGCAUUGAGACCAAUGAGCGUAAGCUUCAGGACCUGCGGGGCCGGCCAGCUGGCACUGUGAAGCCAGGGGAGAUUGAGAAGGUGGAGGAUGCGAUCUUCAAGGACAAGGAGUCUAUUGUGGAGCAGCAUGCCCGCGGGGUAUUUAUCAAGGAGUGUAUUCGCGACGAGCUUCUUCACUUCCAACAAAGCCAAUAUCACAUCAGUCGGCUGCACCAAGACUGGAGCCAGGAACGAGUGAAGUAUUCCGAGCUACAGGCGGAGAAUUGGCGCCGUUUGAGUGAUGAGGUCGAGAGCAUGCCGACAGGUGAAUAG